CUCUGGCACGCAAAACGCUAAGCCAAAUUCUGUUGUGAAAAAUUUGACCGAUUAGUUCUUUAAUCCAAAAGAAAACAAUGAAACCCCAACGGCCUCUUAUCCUCUCUCUCCUAUUCGCAGCCACUCUCUUUCUCCUCUGCCCGGUUCCCGCCGCCGCCGCCGACGAUGCCGGAAUCUCCGCCAACGCCACCGCCAAUUGUACCGAGUUCAUCCGCAGUAGCUGCGGCAUUACUCUCUAUCCCGACGUCUGCUACACUUCGCUCUCUCGCUACGCCAACGACAUUCAGCAGGACCCGGCCUCGCUCACUCGUAUCGCCAUUACCAUCAGCCUCGCCAACUCCCGCAGAAUGGCCGCUUAUGUGUCCAAUUUAUCUCACGUCGGCGACUUUGGCGCCGACCACAGAGCCGCGUCCGCGCUUCACGACUGCUUCACGAACUUCGACGACGCCGUGGAUGAGAUUCGUGGCUCGCUCAAGCAGAUGCGGCAGAUCAACGACGUAGACGCGCCGUCGUUCAAGUUCCAGAUGAGCAACGUGCAGACGUGGAUGAGCGCAGCGCUAACGGAUCAAGAAACGUGUACGGAUGGAUUCGAGGAUGUGGCGGAUGGACCGAUGAAGGAGGAUGUGUGCGCAAAGGCGGAGAAGGUGAAGAAGCACACCAGUAAUGCUCUAGCGCUGGUGAACAGCUUCGUGGAGAAAAGGAUUCCAUGAUUAAUCAAUCGGUAGGCUUUCUGAAUCAUAUAUUCUGAAUAUAUAGUUGGAUUAUUGGAUGAGAAAUUGAACAAUCUCUGGAAAUUAUAUGAAUAGUUUGCUUCUGUAUUUAAUUAACAGUGUGAGAGAGAGAGAGAUGUAAAUUUGUUACUGGAGUGAGAAACUGAAAAUUUCUUUUGCUUUGGUUUUGAUAAUUUGUGUGCUGCUGUGUACUGCUCUGCUCAACUCUGCUCUGCUGCUGGUUCCUUCUUUCAUAGUUUCAGAAUGAAAGAAAGAGAAGGAAGCAAUUCGCAUUUUGUGUUAAUUAUUAGUUAUAUAGUGUUCCAAUGCCUUUCUUGCUUUGAAUUCAAUGCUUCUUCUUCUU